AUGUCCUCACUCCCACCACGGCCAAAACCCUGGGAGACAAAGAGUGCCGCAGCAGCCACCUCGAACCCCGCUGCCAUCUCCACCUCCCCACCACCGGUUCCCAUCACCACCACCGCAGAGGACAUUGGCAGUUCUAGCGUCGCACCACGACUGCCAGAUCGCCCGACCGGUCUCGCUGACAACUCGCUCGUAUCGUCAGGCUACGGAUCACGGUACGGCUCCACGAUGAACAGCUACGGCGGCGGGUAUGGGGGUAUGGGCUCGAUGGGCUCAUAUGGAGGGUACGGCGGCGGCGGUUAUGGUGGAUACGGCGGGAUGGGUGGCGGAUACUCGUCGUACUCGUCUCCAUAUAGCCGUUUUGGAGGUGGAUACGGCGGCGGUAUGGGCGGUUAUGGGGGGUACGGCGGAAUGGGAGGUUACGGCGUUGGCGGGAUGGGUGGACCCGGCGAGUACCCCUCCCUCACUGGCGCGAUGCAGCAGCAGACUGCGCCUGCGUUCGCGGUCAUCGAGUCGAUCGUGACAGCGUUCACAUCCCUGGCGCAGCUCGUCGAGAGCACAUACAUGGCGACGCACAGCUCGUUCUUCGCCAUGGUCGGCGUCGCCGACCAACUCGGCAGCCUCAAGACCUACCUCGGCCAAGUACUUGGCGUGUUCAGCAUCAUGCGCCUUGGACGCCGGAUCUUGAACUGGCUACGAGGCAAGAAAUCUGGCCCUGAAAAGGGCUGGGCGAACGAGUGGAGCCGGGGUAUAGGCCCCAACGGCGCCGAGGCGCCGCGCCCCUCGGCCAAGCCUCUCCUCCUCUUCCUUCUUUCGGCUAUCGGCCUCCCCUACCUCAUGAGCAGGCUGGUCAAGCUCCUAAUUGCGAGCCAGCAGCAGCAGGCUGGCGCUAUUGACGCGAGCGGCCAAGUCGACCCCACCAAGCUCACGUUUGCGCGCGCGCGCUGGGACUUCAAGUCUACCGAGGAGUGGGAGCUUGCGCUGCAGCCCGACGAGAUUGUCGCUGUCCUCGAGCGCCGCGAGGGUGAAAAGCCAGGCGAGUCGGGGUGGUGGCGCGGACGGACGCGCGACGGGCGCCAGGGUUGGUUCCCGGGAAACUAUGUCGAGGUUAUCAAGAAGCGCGAGGACGCUCCGCAAAUCCCUGGCCCCAUGCAAGGGAUGCAGGGGAUGCCAAUGCAGGGCCAGGGGAUGGGAAUGGGCAUGGGCAUGUCUGGCAUGUCAAACAUGGGCAUGUCGAACAUGGGCAUGGGCAUGGGCAUGGGCAUGGGCAUGCAGAAUGGCAACCCGAUGGCCAUGCCGAUGGUGUAG